CCAUCCCACCCGCUAGUAUAGAACGGGAGGGAUUGGGUUGGUGUCGCCUGUCGUCGCUCUUCCAUUGCUGCUUCACCUUUUAGGGCUGGGGUUAGGGUUUGGGUUUCGGCGAAUCAUCCCGUGGAGGAGAUCACGGAGGGCGCGAACAAUCUCAGCGUCACCUAUUCGAACAAGAAGAAUCAGAUCCAGGUUUCCAACACCAAGAAGCCGCUCUUCUACUACAUCAACCUUGUCAAGAUUUUCCUGACAAUUUUAUGACAAUGGAUGACACACCAAUUGAAGUAGAGACAAAAUCUAGAGAGCGCAAAUGUCACAAAGGUAAAAAAACUACUUCAAAGGUGCAGGAUGAUUUUCUGAAGGUUCAAGAUGAAAAAGAUCAUGAAGGAAAAUCCAAGGAUCAUGAAUUGGAAGCGACCACCACUCCAAUCAAGAAGAAAAAAGUGAAGAAGCGAGUAGCAUCAGAUGUAUAUCCUUCUAGUGAAGGAAAUUGUAUUCCUGCUGGAGAAGUGCAAGAAUUUGGUGGAGAAAUUAAUUUGGAUGAGCCAACUAUGGAGGAAAAACUUGCAAGCCUAGACUUGCUUAAUGAUGAUAAAUCAAAGAGCAGUUUCAAGCACGAACCUUCUCCAACUUUAAAGCCCCCCAGUGCAGAUUCAGUGCAUAUUUUGCUUAAGCAAGCACUGCAUGCUGAAGAUCAUGCAUUGCUUUUGAACUGUUUAUACACUAGGGAUGAAAAGGUUAUUGAAAAGUCGAUCUCAUUUCUAAAUCCAGCAGAAGUUCUCAAACUUUUAGCAUCUCUUAAAUCUAUGCUUCCAUCAAGAGGUGCAGUAAUGGUCUGUGCGCUUCCAUGGCUAAGUAGUAUGCUCAGUCAACACGGAAGCAGUAUAGCGUCUCAACAGUCAUCACUAUUCAUUCUGAACUCUUUAUACCAGCUUAUUGACUCAAGGAUUUCAACGUUUAGCUCGGCCCUACAGCUUUCUACUUGUCUGGAUUACCUGUUUGCUGGGAUCUCUGGUGAUGAGGCUGAUGAGGAAGAUAUUCUUCCACCAAUUGUUUAUGAGGACAAAGACAGCGAGGAAGAAGAAUCGGAAAAUGAAAUGGAAAUUGAUGAAGAGAGUGAAGAACUUGGAGAUGUCAUCGAUGCUUCUCAUGACUCUGAUGGAAGUGAGGUGAUGAGCGAUUAAUGGAUGGAUCCUAAGGCCCUGAUGUGGGAAGUUUUGGGAUUUGUCAUUUAAGCUUCAUGUUAUCGUAUGCAGGAAUCCAGAUCAGCCACAGAUUUUGAGUUCCAGCAAUUUGGUGGAUUCAGAAAGUGCUUAUUGCUGUUCAGUGGCUGUUGUAUUCCGCCAAAUUUUUUUGAAACGUUGAGUUUUAAAUUAAUCCAAGAAAAAUAUCAUCAUGGUAAAAAUUGCUACAUUGUGCUCGAAAAUGUCAAUUAUCAUCCGUUCUCAA